AUGGACGCAGACGCAGGAGCCGAAUACUUGGCUUCCAUUUUCGGAACGGAAAAGGAUAAGGUCAACUGCUCCUUUUACUUCAAAAUCGGCGCCUGUCAUUACGGAGAUCGAUGCUCGCGUUUGCACAACAAACCAACCUUCUCGCAAACGAUGUUGUUGCAAAACUUGUACCGUUCGCCGAUCUUGGACGAUGACAGCGGCCAGCAGAUCACCGAAACCAUGCUUCAAAAGCAUUACGAUGAGUUCUACGAAGAGGUAUUCUUUGAGAUCGAAGACAAAUACGGCGAAAUCGAAGAGAUGAAUGUUUGUGAGAAUCUCGGUGAUCAUCUCGUUGGCAAUGUUUACAUCAAGUUCUACAGGGAGGAAGAUUGCGAAAAGGCAGCUGAAGGAGUGAAUGAUCGCUGGUUUGGAUGUCAGCCCAUUGUGGCCGAGCUCUCUCCCGUCACAAACUUUAGAGAGGCCUGCUGUAGAGACUACGAGAUGGGAGAGUGCACUCGUGGUGGCUUUUGCAACUUCAUGCACCUUAAACCGAUCUCGAAAGAUCUACGAAAGAAACUCUAUGCAAAGAAAGAUAGACACAGAGGAUACAACCCCGAUAGACGGCGAGGAGGUCGUUCCAGAUCUAGAUCUCCUGGUCGAAGACGAGAUCGCGACCGCGGUGGCCGAGGUGGCCGAGGAAGACGCCAUCAACCUGACUUGGAUUGGUCGCUCAACUACUAA